AAGUGUAAAUGGAUACAUGACACAGUUGUUUGGGGGAAAGCUAUCUUCUGGAAAACCGUUAACGGCCACUGAAGUACCGACGGGAUUUGAACAUCGUACCGGCUGACGGUCCUCGUGUACAGUCGGCCGCGAUGGAGGCGGUCCCCCGGAUGCCGAUGAUCUGGCUGGACCUGAAGGAGGCUGGGGAGUUCCAGUUCAGCCCGUCCGUGAGGCAGUUCAUCUUGAAGAACUAUGGAGAGAAUCCGGACAACUACAACGAACAGCUGAAGAAGCUGGAGACUCUGCGGCAGAGCGCAGUGAAUGUGACGAGGGAUUUCGAGGGAUGCAGCACGCUGAGGAAGUACUUCGGCCAGCUGCACUACGUCCAGAGCCGGGUGCCCAUGGGAGCAGGCCAGGAGGCUGCAGUGCCCAUCUCAUGGACUGAAAUUUUCUCUGGAAAAACAGUCACCCACGAUGACAUCAGCUACGAGCAGGCGUGCAUCCUCUACAAUCUGGGGGCCCUGCACUCUAUGUUGGGAGCCAUGGAUAACAGGGUAUCUGAGGAGGGGAUGAAGGUGUCUUGCACUCACUUCCAGUGCUCAGCAGGAGCUUUCUCCUACCUGAGAGACCAUUUCAGCCACAACUUCAGCGUGGAUAUGAGCCACCAGAUUCUCAACCUCAACAUCAACCUUAUGCUGGGCCAGGCCCAGGAGUGUCUUCUGGAGAAGUCCAUGUUGGACAACAGGAAGAGCUUCCUGGUUGCCCGCAUCAGUGCUCAGGUGGUGGAUUACUAUAAAGAGGCCUGCAGGGCUCUGGAGAACUCAGAGACGGCCUCGAUGUUGGGAAAGAUCCAGAAAGACUGGAAGAAGCUGGUUCAGAUGAAGAUCUACUACUUUGCGUCUAUUGCACAUCUUCACAUGGGCAAACAGGCAGAGGAGCAGCAGAAGUACGGAGAGCGGCUGGCCUACCUGCAGAGCUCCUUGGACAAACUCACUGAAGCCAUUAAGUUGGCCAAGGGUCAACCGGACAGCGUGCAAGAGGCCUUAAGAUUCACCAUGGAUGUUAUCGGUGGAAAGUUUAACUCUGCCAAAAAAGACAACGACUUCAUCUAUCACGAGACGGUUCCUUCUCUGGAGACUCUAGCCUCGGUCAAAGGUGCUCCACUGGUCAAAGCUCUGCCAGUCAACCCCACUGACCCCACUGUCACCGGACCAGACCUGUUUGCCAAACUGGUGCCCAUGGCUGCCCACGAAGCCUCUUCUCUGUACAGUGAGGAGAAGGCCAAGCUGCUGAGGGACGUCAUGGCAAAGAUUGAAAGCAAGAAUGAAACACUAGAGCAGUUCAUGGACUCUCUGGGCUUGGAGCCAGAGUCUGUAGACAACCUGGACAUGUACAGCCACAUCCCUCCAGUCCUGAUGGAGAAGUGCGCCGCUCUCAGCGUCCGUCCCGACACCGUCAAGAGCCUCAUUCAGUCCAUGCAGGUGCUCUCAGGCGUCUUCACCGACGUCGAGUCUUCAUUGAAGGAGAUCAGAGAUGUCCUCGAGGCGGAUGAAGCCGGGGAGCGAGCCCUCCAGGAGGCCGGCGGCCCCGCUGCAGGCGAGGUGCACCCUGCUGUGCAGAGCCAGGCGCUGGCUGAGAUACGCAGAGACCUGGAGAAGUACAUGGAGGCCCACGAAAAGGCCAGUUUCACCAAUACGGAGCUGCACCGAGCCAUGAACCUGCACAUCAGCAACCUGCGCCUGCUGGGGGGGCCGCUGGAAAGUCUGAGGGACGCUCUGCCGCGGCCGCAGCUUAACGAAGAGGAAGUUGCAGGGCUGCAGUGCAUGAAACGGAUCCUCGGAAAGGUACAGGAGAUGAGGGAACAGAGAGGCUCUUUGGAAAAACAGCUCCGCGACCUCAUCCAGCAGGAUGACAUCACCUCCACCCUGGUCACCACAGAGAGAGCAGACAUGAAGCAUAUAUUUGAAGAGCAGCUGAAGAAGUACGAGCAGGUGAAGGUCUACAUUGACCAGAACCUUGCAGCACAAGAAAACAUCUUGAAGGCACUGACUGAGGCCAACGUUCAGUACGCCUCCGUUCGUAAAGGCCUGAGCCAGACUGAGCAGCAGUGGAACAGCACUGUUCAGGGACUGGUGGGCUCAUACGAGGCCUACGAGGACCUGAUGAAGAAAUCACAAGAGGGAAAAGAGUUUUACGAUGAUCUGGAGGACAAAGCGUCACGUUUGCUGGAGAGAGCAAAGGCCUUAUGUCAGACAAGGACAGAGGAAAGGAAGCCCGUUCUGGAAAAAGAGACCCAGAAGAAACCCCCUGCACGGCCUACAGCAGCUAAGCCGUCCCUUAAGCCCAAGACCUCAGAUGUUGACUCUGCCUGUUCUAGCCUAGAUGACCCAGAGCUGGCCCAGCUUAGUGCAGCCAUCUUGGCCUUGGGGGGCGACCUACCUGAGGACCUCCGCAGCCUCCCCCCUGACAUUCCGUCCCUCCCCACCCCUGCAGCUCGUCUGCCAGGUCCUGAAGCCUUCAUUCCACCUGGUGCUAACCUGGGUGCCAGCACCUCCCUGCCUUGGCCUGGCGCGCCUGCUGCUGCUCUUCCUCGCUUCCCUGCCAACCUGCCACCGCCUGAGCUCCUGGCACGGAUAGCUCAGUUUCCUACUUCAGGGGGUAUGGCAACACAGGGACCCCUGCCACAUGCCCCUCUUCCUCAGAUGACUCCACAAAGGCCUCCACAAAUGCCAAACCAAGCUGUGGUGUCUAGUUAUCGGCCACCUCCUCCUCAGGCUUCCCAACCUGGCCUGGUUGCCCCUACCCCAGUCCGACCCUCGACCACCACUGUGGACAGCAUCCAGGCCCCUAUCCCCAGCUACACCCCCACACCACACCACCCUGUCCCACCUGCAGUCUCAGCUAGCUACCCCUUACCACCACAGAUGAGGGCUUAUCCCCAAUUUAUACCCCAACCAGGGGUUCCUAUUCAAGGCCAGACCCCUCUACCCCAAGCACAGCAGCAGAAGCACCCACAGCAGUACCCCCAGCCCAUUGGACAGCCACUCCCUCAGGGGUACCAGCCUGGACCAAGGCCUGUUCCAGGCCCUCACCCUCCUCUUCAGACGCAGCAACCGUACCCACAUGGAUAUAUGCCCCCUCAGCCUGGUGUUCCUCCCCAUUUCCAGCAGCCAUUCCCAGGUCAGCUACAGCCACAUCAGCAAAAUGGCUUUCAGCACCAGCCUCAGAUACCCCAAGGCUACCAGACUCCACAGGGCUAUGUACCCCAGCAACACCCUCAAAUGAUGCCGGGCUCCAUGCCAAGGCCACCUCAGGUUCAGAUGCCACCUGCACACUCAUCAACACCCCCAACUUCUCAACCAGCACCCCCUGUAUCUCAACCCUACCUACCCCAUCCAAACCAACAGAUGCCCCCAGGACUCCCUCACCAACACAUGCUGCCACAACAGCAACAACUCUCAAUGCCCCCCAGUGCCCAGCAGAUUCCGCCACACCCACAAAUGCAGAUACCAGGUGGUCCCAGAGCUCAGAUGCCCCCCACAAGUCAGGCGAUGCCUCCAGUCUCACAGAACUACAUGCCCCCCACUAGCCAGCCCAUUCACCCUACCAUGCACCCUCAGAUGCCUCCUGCCUCACAACCUCGUAUGGUCCCUGGUCCUCAAGUCCACAUGCCAAGAGGCCCUAUGCCCCAAAUGCCCCCUAGUGCACUACCCCCACAGCAUCAUCCCCACCCUGGACAGCCUCCUAUACCAAAUAUGCCCCAGCAACCCAUGCGUAUGCCCAGUCAACCACAGUCUCAGCCCCCUCAUUCUGGGGGGGUAUGCUACCCUGGAGGCGCUCCAAUGAUGCCUCAGCAGCCCCUGGCCCCACAGCCCGCGGCUCCCCAACAACCUCAGGCACCUCUUCCUAUGACACAUCCACAGCCUUCUUCUAUGUAUCCUUCAGCUCCGGGACCCAAUGUACCUCCAAGUGCCCCACAGCAACCCACUGCCAUAGGCCCACAUGGUCCUCAUGCCCCCCCUGCUCAGCACAUGAUCCAGCCCUCUCCUGGAGGCCCUACAGCGGCUCAGCCACCCAACGCUAUCCCCCCUUCCCCUUCGCCUUCCCCCUCCCCGUCCCCCUCUCCAGGUCCUACCUCUCUGAGUUUGAACCCCCAGCAGAGACCCACACCGACUCCCACUCCAGGAGGCACAGCCCCACCCCCACUUCCCUCUCCUUCUGCCGUUUCUCCCUCCACAUCACUGUUUCAGCGGCAGAACUCAAGCACAGAUGAUCUCCUCUCCUCGAGCCCAGAGAGCCAGCCUGGAGGCACCAAGGCCCCCACCAAUGUCCUCCAACCCACCAAAGCUGACCCACAGGAUGGGGAGCGUCGAAAGAAGAGCGCCCAGGGAGUUCUCCUGAUCCAGGGUGACCCAUACCAAGCUCCAGAGCGAGUCGCUCGCCUUCAUGGCGAACUAGAGCGUUACAGAGCCCAGGUAGAUUCCCUGGAACACCCCUCAGAGAGUGAGGGGGGUCUGUCAGUGCUAGAUGCCCGCUGGAAAGAGCUACAGGAUCAGCAGGAGAAGGACGCUCGCCAGCUCUCGAUUGCUAUCGCCCGCUGCUACACCAUGAAGAACCGCCACCAAGACGUAAUGCCCUAUGACCUCAACCGAGUGGUGCUGCAGUCAGGGAAAGAUGACUACAUCAAUGCCAGCUAUGUGGAAGACUUGUCACCGUACUGCCCACGCCUUAUUGCCACACAGGCUCCGCUCACCGGCACAGCAGCAGACUUCUGGCUGAUGGUGUACGAGCAGAAGGUGUCACUGAUAGUCAUGCUGGUUUCGGAGCAGGAGCUGGAAAAGGGAAAGGUUCUGCGCUACUUCCCAACGGAGCGUGGCCAGCAGCUCUCUCAGGGACCAAUCACACUCAGCCUAACCACACAGAAGACAACACCGACGCAUGUGGAGCGCAUGAUCAGUCUGCAGUACCGCGACCAAAGCCUGAAGCGCACUGUUGUCCACCUGCAGUUUACCUCCUGGCCAGAGCUGGGUCUUCCUGACAGCAAGAGCAAUCUGCUGCGAUUCAUCCAGGAGGUUCAUGGACACUACCUCCACCAGAGGCCCUUACACACACCUGUUGUAGUGCACUGCAGCUCGGGUGUUGGACGCACCGGCGCCUUCUGUCUGCUGUACGCAGCUCUGCAGGAGCUGGAGGCGGGAAACGGGAUCCCCGACCUUCCACUGCUCGUGAAGAAGAUGAGACAACAGAGGAAGAACAUGCUACAGGAGAAGCUCCAUCUGAAGUUCUGCUAUGAGGCCGUGUUGAAACACGCGGAGCAGGUUCUUCAGCGCCACGGCAUCACGACCGCCACCUGCAGCAAGAGCACCAACUCUGCAGCCACGAAGGAAUUCUACGAGUUCUGGUCAGAAGAGGUACCGCUUUCAUCUCUCAGUAGAACAGUCACAGAGCCUUACUCGAGACAGGAGUCCCAGCAGGAUCUCGUCCUCGGUGGCGACAUGCCCAUCAGCUCCAUCCAAGCCACCAUCGCCAAGCUCAGCAUCCGCCCGCCCAGCGCCACCGACCCAGCAAUGGAGGCCGGCGCCGCCUACGGCCUGGAGGAGCAGGUCGGCGCCGUCUUACCUGCUCUCGACUCACUGGGUGACAUCCAGUCCCUCCAGGACCCCUGCCCUCCCUCAGAUCCACAGCCCCCCUCCUCCUUCAGCCCUCCUCUCACCUCCCCCACCCACUCCCCUCCACCGCCCAACGGCCUGGACGCCAUCUCCCCCUCCACCCCACCCAACCACCAGCCAGUCCCAGAGGCUGCGCCCGGCCUGCCUCCCGCUUCCUCUGCGCCGGCUCCGUCGUCUCUGGAGCUUCUGGCCUCGCUCGCGCCCGAGGCCUUCUCCAUGGAGGGAGGAGGUCGAGGGAAGCAGCGGGUGACCAAGCAGAGCUUCCUGCAGCCAGCGGAGGGCCAGGGUCUUCACGGGACCCGAGGGGAGGAAGGAGACGACCCGCUCAGUAGCCUGGACCCCCUCUGGAGCCUCAACAAGCAAUGAGAGGAGUCCACAGAUCGCUGCCUUUCUCUCACUUUACCACCAGGCGUCAGCGAAGGCCGGCCGUUCUUUCUAAUCCUGCUUUUAAGAAAAAGACACACUCAGAAUCCUGGGACUGUCGGAGAAAUUUUAACGGUGUUGAUUACCAAGACGUGCCUGGUGGCAGACGGUAGGGGUCUGGUUUGGAAGUUGGGUGUAUUUCCACUGCUUUAGGGGUUUGAUCCCUGAAACACAAACACACUUGCUUCUCCUUCCAUCACUCGGUGGCUUCUGGGAUCAGAUCACUAUGCACCUGUCUGUAUUCCUUUCUCUGUUCUGUCGCUCUUUGCUGCUUUUUCUUUGUACGUCUGGGGUGGACGGAAGCACUUCCGGCUCCACAUUUGGGCCCAAAAGGAAGAAAAAAAAUUAAAACUCCCAGCAUGCACUCCACUUUCACAGCCCCCUUCACGGGCGGGCGUCAAGGCAUCACCGAGGUGUGACCGUGCUUGGCUGCUCCCUUCUGCACUGGUUUGUGAUCGAUGUAAUGACUGGAUGUAUGGAGCUGCAGGCGGGCCACAGGAGACGGGCGGAGCUGUGUUGAAGACGGGACAACCUCCCAGCUCAAUCAGAGUGUGUAGCUCAGUCGUCACGGUAACACAGAGCAGCAUACGAAUCAGCACGUCUUAACAAGUUGAUUAUGUUUUCUUUGUAACACUGUAAAUAUAUUCAGUAAAGUUAGACUAUUCCAAAAAAUCGUUCCUCUGGAAAAAAAACACAAAAACGCACUAAUCAUUCAUUAUUGUACAAAUAUUAAAUAAAUCCAGUAGACAGACGACUCUGGUAUCAAAGCCUCUUUAUUUGAAAAUUAGUACAAAGUCUUGCGCAUUUUUUGUGUUACAAAAUAGUAAAUAAGUUACCUUCGUUACUACAGCCUGCGUAGAUUGUAGCCAGCCAAUGAGGGGAGGAGGCUGGAGGGGGAAAGGAGCAGACCUGGGGAUUCAGACAC